GAAGAAACCGGCGGAGCCAUGCCUGGCUGUUCAGGCUCGGGCUUGUCCAGGGUCCAGGGUCAGAGUGAGUCUGGAGGCUUCCAACCCACAGGAGGAAGGUCACGCACAGACCCUUCGAGAUGGAUCGAGUGACCAGAUACCCCAUCUUCAGCAACCCCCGCUCAGCACGUGUCACCAGCUUGGCACUGGAUGAAGACACCAGCUACACCGUUGAGCUAGUAGGCGUGGGACCUGAGGAUGGUUGGAGCCAGAGUGACCUGCAGGUCUGGUCCACAGAGUACCAGACCAGGCCGGACGUAAAGAGAACAAACGUGUCUUCCACCAGACGUGUCUUCCUUGGCCAGCAGUCCCCGCGGUCGCUGUACUUGGAAGAUGAGGAUGAGGAGAUGAAGGCUUACCACCUGGACAACAGCAGUGAUGCCCUCUGCAGGCAGCGGAGGGAGCUGGAGGCUGAGCGCUGGGCAGUCAUCCAGAGCCAGGCAGUCAGGAAGGGUGGCACAGUGGCCACACUCCAGGCUGCAUCAGACCUUGGGGACCCCAGGAUUGCCAGCCAACCUCAGUCCACAGUCACAGAGGAGAUCUUGGUGGACACAGAGCAAAUUGAUUUCCUGGCCGCUCGACAGCAAUUCCUGAGUUUAGAGAAGGCAAACACGAACCUGGUCAAGUGCAGCCCCACAGCUAGGGAGACCUUAGCACGAACCCAAACAGGUACCAACCAAGCCCCCAAGGCUUCCACUGGGCCCCACCUAGCCAAUGGCUAUACUGCUUCCGUCAUGUCACCGAUGAAGGAAGUGACCUUGGAGAAGUCUUUCCUUGUUUCCCCAGCUAGAUCCAUUCAUAUAGUCAAUGAUCCUGGCCGCCAGACCCGAGCAGAGUCCCCUGAGACCCCCAAAGAGACGCCCAUCGAGAGAGAGAUCAGGCUGGCCCAGGAGCGAGAGGCAGAGCUGAGGGAGCAGAGAGGGCUUGGGCGGGCUGCCGGGCAUCAAGAGCUGGUACAGAUCCCCAGCAGGCCACUGCUCAGCAAGAUGAGCUUGACAGAAACACCCCCACGAAGAGACAGGGGCCGCCCAUCCCUCUACGUGCAGAGGGACAUGGUUCAGGAGACACAGCGGGAAGAAGACCAUAGACGAGAGGGGCUGCAGGUGGGCAGGGCAUCCACACCCGACUGGCCUUCCCAGGACCCUCAGCCUGGGCUCCAGAGAAGCCUGAGCUCCGACUGCAUCCUCAGCCCAGACGCCCGAGCCUCAGACCCGGCUCCAGAGGCAAGGAAAGUCAACCGGAUUCCACUGGAUGCCUACCAGCCCUAUCUGGGCCCUGGGACCCCCAAACUAGAAUUCUCAGCCUUUGGAGUAUACAGCAAGCCAAGUAGUGUCUCCACCGAAGACACCAAAGCUUUAGCCUUCCAGAGGGCCACGGAGUCUCCAAGGCAUGUCUCGGAAUCCUCCGGCAGACCUCUGAGCUCAAAGCAAGAGUGGUCCAAGCCUCCUGGAAAGGCUGCCAAUGUGGGCGUGGUGAGAUUAGGGAAUUUCCACCUGCGUCCACUGCGAUUCAAGGUCCCAGAUGUCCCCCAGGGGACUGAGACCCCCCAUACCUGGGGCUGGGAAGUGGCCGGAGGCCCCGUGUUGAGGUUACAAAGGUCACAGUCAUCUGACCUGCUGGAGAGGGAAAUGGAGAGUGUCCUGAGGAGGGAGCGGGAGGUGGCUGAAGAGCGGAGGAAUGCUUUCUUCCCAGAGGUGUUCUCCCCAGUGCCAGACCAGGAUGAGAGCCAUGAGCAAGACUCCCGGAGUUCCUCCCGGGCAUCUGGCAUCACUGGCAGCUAUUCAGUGUCGGAAUCACCACUAUUCACCCCUGUUCACCUGAAUUCGGGCCUGGUGUGGAAGGUAGAAGUCCCAGAGGACAGUGCUCCCCCAGGGCAGAAGACCAGGAAGGAGAUGUGGUAUGCAGGUAUCAACCCCUCAGACCACGUCAACUCAGAGGUCCUGGGAGCCACAAGGGUAAAGCGACACAAGAAUCUCUUGGCGGAACGCUGGGAAGCACACAUCUAUGCCAGCGAGGAUGAAAACUGAGACUGGAAGCUGGGGGCCAUUCCUCCACCCCACCGCAGUCCUGUGGAGGCCACUAGACCUGCCCCCCAGUCUCUGCUGUCCCUAUUUAAACACACAGCACAGGCUAAUGUUUGUGGCCUGCAGUUGGUUUGGUUUUCCCAGGGUGGGCGAGUGAUUCCUGCUUAGGGGUGGUUCUCAGCUGAGGCUGAAAUGAUAAUCCACCACUCCCCCUCACAUCCCUCAGCCCUCAGCACAGUGCAGAGCUUGGAUCUGUCACUGUGCAGAAAGAAGGCUCUGUUUGGGGACCCGCCAUUCCACUCUUGCCAACCCCAAACGUAUGCCCUUUGCUAUAAAAUAAACCUGUCCCAAACUGCCUAGCUGGAACCGAGGAUGCAUCCCAGGCAGCCUCCACC